GCUUAAACUUCUUUGUUUGUUUUAGUAUCAUACCCAGGACUUUGGGUUAUGCCAAUUUCACCUUGGAUGAAUGAAGAUGGCAGCACAUGCAUAACGUUUGAUCAGUGUCUCAAAAAAACAAAGUCAGCGCAAGAAGUAUACAAAGUCAUUAUGAAUAACUUUAAAAAGCAUUACAACGAUAAUAAACAGCCUUUUCCAAUAUUUAGUAUAUCGAAUUGGUUUGGUCAGUCUAAUGAAGUAUAUCGGAUAGAAGGUCUUUCAAUGUUUAUCGAUGAAGUUCAAAAACUCCCUGAUGUUUAUUUUGUUACAGUUUCGCAAGCUAUCGAAUGGACAAAAAAUCCGAUUCCAUUAAACAAAAAUCCUUGGCAAUGUUAAAAAACGACAUUUUUUUCAAGUUUUUAAAUUUUUAGUUUAGCAGCAUCGGUACAAAACAAGAUACUGAGAUAAUUUAUUUAUUUAUAUACCUAUUGUCAUAUAUAUUUGUGUACACUUAACGGGUUUAUAAGAUAAGUUGGAAGAACUUGUUUUCUGAUAAAUUAUAAAAUUA